AUUAUGAAGGCAGUGAACAAACGCACGAAGAUGAUGAGGCAGCCUGUUCAUGCAGCAAACUUUCUCCCCGACCCAAGAAAGAGAGACAAGAAGUGGUCGAUGGACAUGCAAACCCCGUGGGUCCAAAACACCCUGAAGUUCUUCUUGUCACAGCGCAAAGAGGAGGCUGCUUGGGCGCGCAAGGAGCAUCUCGAUCUGUGGGCAGACUUGCAAGCACUCCACAGGGAGCCAAUCGAAGACAUGUUGAAGGAUCCAAUGACAGGGAAAGUGUUGGAGGAGAGCUUGUGGAGCUGCUUCGCAAAGUUUGACAGCCCGCUUACUCAAAUGACCACCUCUAAAUGGUGGAACCUACACGGAGGCUGUCAUAAGAAGUUGCAGGACAUUGUCAUGAGGGUCACAGCGAUGCGGAGCCCCACAACCCCUUGUGAGAGGAAUUGGUCCUCUCUCUAUAUUGUCCACGACAAGAGGAGGGGCCCACUGUCCCCUGACAGUCUCGCAAAGUUAGUCUAUGUCCACUGGAAUCUUCUAUUGUUGGACAUCAAGAACAAGAGCAAGGGGAGCUUGGCGGGGUAUUUGGAUAUGUGGGUUGCAUUCUUUGACAAUGUGGAGGCGCCACCACCGGAUGAUCCUGCGGCUUUGCCCAAGGCUGCGACUGUAGCGGAUUUGACUGGCGACAAAUUGGUCCACCAACCAAAUCUCACGAAGACUCAUCGGGCUAGCGUCCUCAAGCAUCAGGCCGUUGAUGAAUCAAGCUCGUUGGACAGUAGUGAUGAUGGGGAGGACCUUCCUUUGAGAUGCAAAGGGAAUAAGAAAAAGGUUGUUGGAGUUCUUGAUGGUGGCAAAGGCAAGGCGCAGAUGGGUGCGGACGUCGAGGAAGAGGAAGUCGAGGAGAGCGAGGUAGAUGACGAGAACUUUACGUUGUGGUCGCCACGGGCAAGCGAUGUGUCUAGCUACGACGACGAAUUGGACGAGGCUGUCACGUGCAACGUGGAGCGGGGUCACCUAGAUAGUGACCUCGAGUUCUCGGUGCCUAGGAAGAUGAACUUCAACGCACACAUAGGAGCGAAGAUGGACCUCGACGAUGACACUGACAAGGUGAGGGCAUAAUCCCUUGUGUAACGAUAUCGUGCCCUCGUGGAGCAGCGGGUGCGAGAAGAAACAACAGAACAAAUUGUUGUCCCCCCU